UCAUCAUCCUUUGGGUAUGUACCACUUUUUCCUCUAUCUUCAAAAAUCAUUUUCUCACAAACACACCCUUUGGAUCAUAAAACACACCAAAAUAUUUGAAAAUAUUAGAUAAAUACAUACUCAAACAAAUACGAAUACACAAAAGUUUUUUGAAAAAUUAAUUCAUUUGACGAAAAACCUUUGAAUUCAUUCAUAUAUUCAUAUAUACCUUUAACAAUUUCAGUUCUUCAUUGAUUUUUUGUCUUGUUUUGUUUUAUAUUAAUUGCACAAAUUUUGAUUUUUCUUCGGUCAAAUUCGGCGGAAAUUUUGUUUGAAUUUAGAAAUUCAGAGUUCUGCAAAUUCUAAUUGAAUGAUAAUUAGGAGAACAGGAGGUAAAAAGUUAGGGUUCGGAAAUUUGAGGUUCGAUCGAAGAGCCAAGGUUUUUCCGGCAUCGACGGAGGAGAUUGAUAAUAUGGAGGUUAAGGUUUGUAGUCCUGCUGGAGAUAUAUUGAGGAGGACGGUGGCCGGAGGUGGUGCUGUUGGUGGAGGAGGAGAGAGAAAGUUUAGCCAUGAAAGUGAGCAUGACUUGGCGUUAAUGGUGAGCGAUUUUCUUGAGAACAAUGGAAGCUGCGGUGCUGAUUCAUUGUGUAGCAGUGACAACGAGUCUGGCUUCUCCGAUCUUCACCACCUCGCCGACAAGAUUUCGUUCUUUAAGCGCUCGGUGGAUCAGUAUGAGAGUGACUUGCAGUCUGUGGUCCAAUCUCUCUUACUUUCUAUGGAUGUAAAGGAGCUUCAGCUUGUUAAAUCUGGUCUAUGCUAUGGAAGCUGUAUUCGUUAUGCUUUGGUGAAGCUUCUCAGAUCGUCAGGCUACGAUGCUGCAGUAUGUGCUUCAAAAUGGCAAGGUUGUAACAAGGUGCCUGGAGGCGACCAUGAAUACAUUGACGUGGUGAAUUACUUAAAUGACGGAAGCACAGAACGUUUGAUAAUUGAUAUUGAUUUCCGAAGCCAUUUUGAGAUAGCAAGAGCUGUUGAAUCAUAUGACAAGAUUUUGAAAUCUCUUCCAGUUGUUUUUGUGGGAUCCUUGAUAAAGCUGAAACAGUUCCUUCAAGUUAUGGCUGAAGCUGCAAGGGUAUCUCUGAAGCAGAACUCUAUGCCUCUUCCUCCAUGGAGAUCCCUUGCUUAUUUACUAGCUAAGUGGCAUUCACCUCAUCAGAGAAUGGUGGUAACUUUAGAAGAACAGAAUACUAAUAAUAGCUCUACUACAAUCACGACCCAUAAACAGUGCAAUGGUCAUCUAAGGCAGUUGCAGUCCUCCCUUCAGUCGGAAAUUGGAACCGAGCGAUUGCUGAAGCCUAUAAAGAGUGAUACAAGCAGAAGACUGAAACUUGAAAGGAGGAAAAUCUCUUCAUUCAGGACACCUUGAGCUCAUGUACAGAAGAAGUUUUUGCUGCGGGAAUUGUGACUUACAUUGAGAGAUACUUUUUUUUUUUUUGUUCUUUUUUCUAAAACUUACAAAACCCAAAAAUUCUUUCACUUCAAGAAUAGGGGAAUACAAUCGACAAUGAGAUCAUCUCAUAGUUCAAGAAAUUUACAACACAAGCAACGACAUGUCGGCUUCAUUCCACGUUCAAGAAAUCUUGCUUCAUUUUGCGUUCUUAAAUCUCAUUGCCGGGAAUCCCUUGAUUCUAAAGCAUUCUUGAUUCUUUCUUUUUCCUUUUUCCUUUUUUUUUUUUUUUUUCUGGAUCUUGUAAUACGGAGUAGCUUUUACCAUGUUUUCGGCAUAGCCUAUAAAAAUGUAUUCCUGGACCGUCAUUUUUAGGUUCCCAGGAGAUUUUGUCAUAUUCGUUUUCUUCCAUUUUGUAUUCUAUACUCGUUGAUGUAAUCUCCAAUAAUAUUAUUGUUAAAUAACUUAUGCAGUAAAUUAAUAUU